GUGAGGGCAGCUCGAGGCCGCUCUCCAUGCAGGUGGCCGCCGGGGCAGUGUCGCUGUGGAUGCCCGGCCCGUGACGCGCCCCACUAUGCCCGCGGCCACCGUCGACCACAGCCAAAGAAUCUGCGAGGUCUGGGCUUGCAACUUGGACGAGGAGAUGAAGAAAAUCCGCCAGGUUAUACGCAAGUAUAACUAUGUGGCUAUGGACACAGAAUUUCCAGGUGUAGUUGCAAGGCCCAUUGGAGAAUUCAGGAGCAAUGCCGACUAUCAGUACCAAUUGUUACGCUGCAAUGUAGACCUGCUAAAAAUAAUUCAGCUAGGACUGACGUUUAUGAACGAGCAAGGAGAAUACCCUCCAGGAACUUCAACUUGGCAAUUCAAUUUUAAAUUUAAUUUAACAGAAGAUAUGUAUGCCCAGGACUCAAUUGAAUUACUCACGACAUCUGGCAUCCAGUUUAAAAAGCAUGAGGAAGAAGGAAUUGAGACACAGUACUUUGCAGAACUGCUUAUGACAUCCGGAGUUGUACUGUGUGAAGGAGUCAAGUGGCUUUCAUUUCAUAGUGGAUAUGACUUUGGCUAUCUAAUCAAAAUCCUGACAAAUUCUAAUUUACCUGAAGAAGAGCUGGACUUCUUUGAGAUAUUGAGAUUGUUUUUCCCUGUCAUCUACGAUGUAAAAUAUCUCAUGAAGAGUUGCAAAAAUCUAAAGGGUGGAUUGCAAGAAGUGGCUGAGCAGUUAGAGCUGGAAAGGAUAGGACCACAGCAUCAGGCAGGAUCUGAUUCUUUACUCACAGGAAUGGCCUUUUUCAAAAUGAGAGAAAUGUUCUUUGAAGAUCACAUUGACGAUGCCAAAUAUUGUGGCCACUUAUACGGCCUUGGUUCGGGGUCAUCGUAUGUGCAAAAUGGCACAGGAAACGCCUAUGAAGAAGAAGCCAACAAGCAGUCAUGACAUGAAAUGAAAGGCCGUCUUUUUGGAGCUCCACGUGCUUGUAUAUAGGUUUUAUCUCUGGUUGAACCCCUUGGACAAUAAGGCUUUUUUUCCCCCUUUCUCAGCACACGUUCUUUUCUGCCUUUCUAUGUACUAAACCUGACUGUUCCUAUCACAGAUUUUGAUCUUAAUAUGUAGAAUUUUCUGGGUUACUUCUGCUAUCAUAGCUAGCCCAUUUGUAAAGAAGUAUGUACAGGAUCAGUGUGGCAGAGAGGAGGGGAAAACUAAAUCAUAAUGAAUAGUCUUGUAAACUUACCUAGUUGGUCUUAGUUUUUUUUUUGUCUCUCCCUCUCCCCACCCCCCUUUUCCUCCUACAAAUUAACUAGCACUGAUUAUAACCAGCUUCCCCCUUCUUGUCUGUCCCUUCCAGUCUGCAGGCGUUUUAGCUAUUCAAGAUUGUGGACCAUCAAAUUUGCACUUUAGAGGGUGACUCUGACUCAGAUCCUCUGUUUUAUUUGAAGCUAUUUUUCCUUUUGCCCUUAGCUAGAAAACAAUCAGUCGCCAAGUCCAGCAGCUUCACUCUGAAUUCCCUCGGCAUCAGCCCGUAGCCCAUGGCUCAUUCGCUGCGUAACCUCCAUUGGUUCGAGCMAAACCAAACUACUGAAAUUGGAAUAACUGCUGCUGUUUCACUCGUGUCCAGUCCUGGCCAAACACAUCCUGCACGUGCCAGCCUGUGGCUGGCCUGCUGCUGCUUCCAAACCGCUCGCUCCUUGCUGGGGGAAGGACGUUUGGGAAACCGGCCUUACACCCUUCAGGAACAGAACAGCUCUCACGGUAGCGUCGCUGCCACUAAGCCGGGAGUGGAAGGAUUUGGGAGCUGCAUAUGGGAAUGCUGCAAGGGCCCGCGGCCCUCCGUUAGCUUCCGAGCUUUUAGUCUCCUAAUGUAUAGCCCACGUGUUUUUUAUGAGGUCAUAUUUAUUAUGUACUUGAUUUGAGGAUUUUUGAAAGGCAGUUUAGUUAAAGAGAAAAACCCAAAGACCGGAAAAAUGCUAUUUAAUUGAAUUAUUAAAUCAGAAGAACAAUUAAAUCGUGCUUUUUUGUAGUUGCUACAAAGAGAGAUGUUACA